AUGAAUGUCUUAAAACUGCAGAAAAAGUUCCCCCAGUUUACGCAGGAGGAUUUAUUCUCUACUGUGGAACAAUUUAGAACUAUAGAUUCGGAUGAUAAAGGAUAUGUUGAAAAAGCAGAAUUACUCGACUCAGUUUCAAAGAAUGGUAUAGCUACUUAUGAUGAUGCACGUGAGGCAUUAAAGCGUGUGAAUAUUGAUGCCUCUGGGCGUGUUGAACUGGAUGAUUAUGUUGAGUUGAUAGCUAAGUUAAACGAUUUGAAGGUGGCGCCUAGAGCUGUUUCAGCUCCAACAUCAAGACAAAUAUCCUCUAUGGGUUCGCAAACUAGUCGAAUUGUGGUUGAGGGCUCUACUACGGGAACAACUCAUACCAUUAAUGAAGAAGAAAGAAGGGAGUUUACGAAGCAUAUCAACAGUGUUUUAGCUGGGGAUCCGGAUCUUGGAAACAGGUUGCCGUUUCCAACAGACACUUUUCAGGUUUUUGAUGACUGUAGGGAUGGUUUAGUCUUAUCAAAGUUGAUUAACGACUCUGUUCCAGACACCAUUGACACAAGAGUAUUGAAUUGGCCCGUGAAGGGUAAGCCUUUGAACAACUUUACGGCUAUGGAAAAUGCAAACGUCGUCAUUAAUUCCGCAAAAGCUAUUGGUUGUGUUGUUGUGAAUGUGCACUCAGAAGAUAUUAUCGAGGGUAAGGAACACUUAAUUUUGGGUCUUAUCUGGCAAAUAAUUCGUAGAGGCUUGUUGAGUAAAAUUGAUAUUAAACUACAUCCUGAACUAUAUCGCCUUUUGGAAGAAGAUGAAACUCUAGAGCAGUUCUUAAGGUUACCACCAGAAAAGAUUUUGCUUCGUUGGUUCAAUUAUCACUUGGCCAAUGGUGGCUGGCAUAGAAGAGUAGCUAACUUUUCGAGUGACAUUGCUGAUGGUGAAAACUAUACUAUUUUAUUGAACCAGUUGGCUCCUGAACUUUGUUCCCGUGCACCCCUUCAGACAGCAGACCUUCUAAAACGGGCAGAACAAAUAUUGGAUAAUGCCGAAAAACUGCAAUGUAGGAAGUAUUUGACUCCGACUUCUUUGAUUGCUGGAAAUCCUAAACUAAACUUGGCUUUUGUAGCCCAUUUAUUUAACACCCAUCCUGGGCUAGAACCAGUGGCUGAAGAUGAGAAACCUGAAAUUGAGGAGUUUGAUGCCGAAGGUGAGCGUGAAGCUCGUGUGUUUACAUUAUGGCUGAACUCCCUCGAUGUUAAUCCUCCAGUUGUGUCCUUAUUUGAAGAUCUAAGAGAUGGUUUAGUGCUAUUAUGUGCUUAUGACAAGGUUAUGCCUGGCUGCUUAAACGCAAAGCUUAUUAACCAAAGGCCAACCAAUGGGGCUGAGUUGUCCAGGUUCAAAUCUCUAGAAAAUGCUAACUAUGCUGUUGCCCUCGGAAAAAGUAAGGGGUUUUCAUUGGUGGGUAUUGAUGGCUCUGAUAUCGUUGACGGUAACAAACUUUUGACUUUGGGAUUAGUUUGGCAGUUAAUGCGCAGAAAUAUUGUUAAUACAAUGACUUCCUUAGCUUCAUCAGGAAGAGAUAUGUCAGAUUCCCAGAUAUUGAAAUGGGCACAAGACCAGGUUAUCAAGGGCGGUAAGUCAAGCGUGGUAAGGUCUUUCCAAGAUCCUUCUUUGGGCACAUCUCACUUCUUGUUGGAUGUAUUAAAUGGUAUUGCUCCGGGCUAUGUCGAUUACGAUAUGGUAGCUCCUGGUAAAACUGAUGAGGAGAAGUACGCAAAUGCAAGAUUAGCUAUCUCUAUUGCGAGAAAGUUAGGUGCUUUGAUAUGGCUAGUUCCAGAGGACAUUAACGAAAUUCGUAGCAGGUUGAUCUUAACAUUUGUUGCGUCGCUGAUGGCGCUAAAGAGAUGA